AUCCUAAACACAGCUAAAAAAAAAAAAUCCACAAUGGACCUCCUCGAGAGGCGCACACUGAAGGAUUUGCCAUGGCCCCCACAGUCCCCCACAGACCUUAACGUCGCCGAAAAUCUGUGGACAGGUCUCAAAAGAGCAGCGGCCGUAAGAAUCUCACAGAACCAGAAGCCUGCUGCAGCAAGAAUGGGCGAACAUCCCUCAAACAAGAACUGAAAGACUGUGAUACUUAUUACUAAGUGCUGACCAAGUAGGGUGCCCAAACUUUUGUUUCAUGCCGCUUUACAUCACCUGUGCAACUGCCUGAAAAAGCGACAAUACAUGAUCUGUUCGUCUGUUGAACCGGUGUGUAAAGAUGUUACACCGCAGCCUGUGAGUGAGGACAAACAAACUUCCACCUGUCGCGGGUCUCCUUGGAACCACCGGUCCAAAUAACAGGGAGUUUGAAGUCCCCAACGUGCCAACCGGCAGUAUGUGAUGGGAUUAACGACAACAUGCACAACAUACAUCCUCGGGCAAGCGACACGAGCAGAAGGUAUGGACUUCAACGGCACCUGGAAAGUUUAUUCUGAGGAAAACCUUGAGGAGUUCCUGAAAGUUGUGGGUGCACCUCAAAUGGUUGUCAAAAUGCGCAAGGAAGUCAAACCGGUGAUAGUGAUCGAGCAGAAAGGCAAAGACUUCACUUACACAAUGAAGACUCCCAUCUGCACCAAGGUCCACUCAUUCAGCAUCGGAGAGGAGUCCGAGAUGACCGCUGUGGAUGGCAGGAAGUUUAAGUGCGCCGUCAGGGAGGAGGAUGGGAAGCUGAUCGCUGAGACCGACAAGUUCACCUCUGUCCGAGAGAUCCAAGGCGACGACAUGGUUGAGACUGUCACUGCUGGCUCUGUGACUUUCAUCAGCAGAAGUAAACGGGUCUAAUCAGCACCCGGCAGCUCACACAUCACCCCUCUGACCCUCUCAGCUUCAAGCAAGGGGGCCAUCUGGAAACUCUAAAUAAAGCU